AUGCUCGGAAACGACCUCAUAGCGUCCUAUGAAGUCGACUACAAACUCCUGAAAACCAUCAUCGACCGAAGACUCGACCAUGUACGGGAUUUAUAUGGCGAGCCAAGGAAGGCCGUCAUGAGAGAGAUUGAAAGGGCGGUUGAUGACGCUGACGAGAUUGUAGGCUUUUCUGUUUAUCCAUCCAUUUAUUUCCCCGUUCGCCCAUCUCUUAUCCCCUGUCAUGACGCCUCCGCGAACUGACUGUCAUAUGAUAACACAGCUCGCACAAAUUAGCGAGGAAGGAAGGGUACUACAAGGCGCGCAGCGCGGACGGCUUAGGAUUAGGCUGAGGGGGUGCGUUCGAGAUAUGGAUGCCGCUCGGAGGGCUCUGGCGGUGGUGCGUGCCACGGUACCCGGGAGGAGACGGGGAAAUUUCGAUCAGGAGGGGGAGGAGGAUGUUGCGGACGUGUGGGCGCGUGAACGGGCGGAAGACUGGACAAAACGUAGUGGUGUUGGUGGUGGUGGUCGUGUAGACCUUGAGAGCGGGGUUCCCGGUGGGGGGGUUGGAGUGGGCCACGGGGGCCAGGUUGAGAACGUCCGAAGUGAGAAUCGGCAUGUUGAAGCUGCACGUGCUGGUGAUAACGGAGAAAGACCAGGUUUCAUUCGGAGGUCCUUACUUCCCUCCCCUGCCCUUAUGCCCCCGGUACGGCCCGCGAUGCUGAAACUGAAACAAAAAAACACAGGUUUGCUAUUGGGCGAAGGAUAGCAAUCGCCAUCAUCUCGAUAUUAGCAAUGUUUAUACUAAUAAACAUUUCCUCGCACGUUAGGUGAUCUCAUGUGCAUCGUCAUGGGUUAG